UGCGUCCCUUUGAACAUGGUCCCCACCAUUUAUGGAUUGCGAUUGGAUAAUCACGUCGAACUUGGAGCUUCAGCAAUUCUCAACUUGCGACGUCGAAGAACACAUCCGGUGAGCUUACGAUGGAAGAAAGCACGGAGAUUACGAUCCAGAGCAGCAGGAGCGGCAGGAUCAGCGGAUGGACGACCCAAGCGCCAAUUUGGACUCGGCUACUUGAUCGGAUCGGCCUUGGGAGGAGGCUACGGCUACGGCCGACCUUACGGAGGCUACGGAGGCUACGGAGGCUACGGCCGACCUUCCGGCUAUGGUGGAUAUGGAGGAUAUGGACAUGGGCAUCAUCCAUAUCAUAACCACGGACACGGCUAUGGAUACGGAAGAUAAAUCGAAUAAUCGAUUGAUUUUUGACUGCCCAACUGCCGAUGUCGACCUGUCAUCAAAACUUAUACUCAUCCGAAGACGAUUAU